AUGGAUAUUCUAUCGAUGAAUCCAAUCUCUAUAGUUGCGACAUUUCCUUCUCUUUGUCUGUCUUCUCUUAUAGUGAUAGUUUUCUUCGUGAGCAAACUAGGAAAAAAGCAUAAAGGGAAAAAGAGAUAUCAUCCAAUUGUUGAUUCUACAACGAAGCAGCUGAUAAACUUUCAUCGUAUCCACGAUCACAUGACCGAUCUUGCUGCAAGAUACAAGACUUACCGACUUGAGAGCCCAUUUCGGAGAGAGAUUUACACUUCCGACCCAGCUAACAUUGAGUACAUUCUAAAGACCAAUUUCGACAACUACGGAAAGGGAGAUUACCAUCAUGAGAUUCUAAAAGACUUCUAUGGUGAUGGUAUGUUUACUGUGGACGGUGAGAAAUGGAAAGAGCAGAGAAAAGUUUCGAGCCCAGAGUUCUCCAAAAGAGUUAUAAGGGAAGUUAACAGUGUUAUCUUCAGCAAAAAUGCAGUGAAGCUUGCUAACAUCUUAGAUGAAUCUGCAAAUUCAAAAGAUACAGUAGAUAUUCAAGAUUUGCUUCUGAAGUCAAGUUUGGAUUCAGUAUUUCAAGUUGCAUUUGGGAUUGAACUUGACAGUGUAUGUGGUUCCUGUGAGGAAGGGGCUAACAGAUUCAUCAAAGCACUUGAUGACGCGAGUGAAAUGAGUCUUUUACGCUACAUUGAUCUUUUCUGGAAGAUUAAAAAGGCGCUAAAUAUUGGAUCUGAAGCAAAAUUGAGGAAUAGUCUGGAAAUCAUAGACGAGUACAUGUAUAAGCUUAUCCGCAGCAAAGCUGAACAGCUUUCACAACAUCCAGAGAAAGCAGAAAACAUAUUGUCAAGGUUCUGGCAUUACUCUUCGACGAAUCCAAAGUACUUAAGAGAUAUACUGAUAAACUUCAUGGGUGGUGGUAAAGACACAACAGGAACGACACUCUCCUGGUUUAUUUUAAUGCUUUGCAGGUAUCCACUUGUGCAGGAUAAAUUGGCUGAAGAAAUCAAAGAAGCAACGAAUACGAAAGGCAGUAAAACAAUUUCAGAUUUUGCUGCUAAUCUAAAAGAGGAAGCAGUAGAUAAGAUGCAUUAUCUCCAUGCCGUGCUUUCCGAGACUAUAAGACUUUAUCCAGCCAUUCCAGUGAAUGCCAAAGUAUGCCUUCAAGAUGAUGUAUUUCCAGAUGGAUUUAAUGUGAAGAAAGGGGAUAUGGUGGCGUACCCACCAUAUGCGAUGGGUAGGAUGAAUUACUUAUGGGGUGAUGAUGCUGAAGAAUUCAAGCCAGAGCGAUGGCUUGAUGAGAAUGGCUCCUUCAAGCAAGAAAGCCCCUUCAAAUUUACUGCCUUCCAGGCUGGGCCAAGGAUAUGUAUUGGAAAGGAAUUUGCAUACAGGAACAUGAAGAUCACUGCUGCAGUUUUAAUGCAAUUCUUUGUAUUCAAGUUGAGUGAUGACUUAAAGCCUGUGAACUACAAAACCAUGCUCCAGCUUCAUAUAGAUGGAGGGUUACAUGUUCGUGCCUUCCGUAGAAUCAACCACUACUAGAAGUCAAGGACAAUAAAUGGACUUCUAUAAUAUAUAUGUGGUUCCUUUUUUCUCUGUGCUUUUCUCUCUCUUUGGAUUAUACUUC